UAUCCAGGGCAUGUAUAAAGUCGCUUCCUGUGCUCUACUUGAGAGAAACAUAUUUUGAAUCACAUAUGGCUUGACGUUCCAUAAAGAUAGCCUAUACAACGCAAGUCAUCAGUAGCCCAAAAUGAACUACGUACCAGGGACGGCAAGCCUCAUCGACGAUAUCGACAAGAAACACCUGGUGCUGCUCCGUGAUGGCAGGACGCUGAUCGGUUACCUCAGAAGCAUUGAUCAGUUUGCCAAUUUAGUUUUUCAUCAAACAGUUGAGCGCAUCCACGUGGGGAAAAAAUUUGGUGACAUCCCCAGAGGAAUAUUCAUUGUGAGAGGAGAGAAUGUAGUCCUCCUGGGAGAGAUAGAUGUGGAUAAGCCCUGUGAUACAAUUCUGCAGCAGGUCUCCAUUGAAGAGAUUCUGGAGGAGCAACGGUUGCAGCAGCAAGCGGAACAGGAAACGGAGAAAGUCAAAAUGCAGGUCCUAAAGGACCGAGGCCUUUCCAUCCCUAAGGCUGAUAAUUUAGAUGAAUACUAAUGCCACUUUUUUUUUUUUUAAACCAAUGAGCAUUUUCAGUUUGUGUCAGACUAAGUUUCAUGUUGAGAUUGAGCGUGACAGUGUGUGUUUUUCUUUCUCUCUCUCUUUUUUAAUAGGCAGCAGUCAGCAACAUGCUGGGCCUAUUUACUGUAGUGUACUGUAUAAUUUGAAUUUUUUUUUUUUGACAAACUGAUGGCUGCUGUCAUUUCUACCGGUCAUGGCAGCAUAAUAGUGAGUCAAAUAUCAUGUUUUUGUCUUAAAUCAUUAGGUUGGUGACUUAGUAAUUUUACAGCAGCACUUUGUUUUCUGUCACUAUGAUAUGGUGAGGGGGUUUCAUUUAGAGGUAUAGGGGCCUGGCAUUGAUGAAAAGCACUUGCUCUGCUCCAUUAAGAGAGUUUAGUGUAUCAUUAUGGAAGGUCUUGGAAAAAUUGUCAUCCCACUCUCUGACUAUGCUGCCCAUUCUGUUUAUUGCUGUAUUUGAUGCACUGCAAAGACUGAAAUGUUUGGCCUUCUGGUCCUGUGUGGUGGCGCCAUCGAUCAUGACUGUAUUAUUAAACCACAUCCAACAUGCAGA